AUGGGGUCGAGAAAUAUUUCUUUGCUUGCAGUCGUAUGGUCUGCCCUUUUUGUUGGUUCCAAUGCUGAAGCACAAGACUCGGAUCAAGAGAAGCGGCCGAUUAAGACCUUUAAGACAAUGUACGGAGAGAUCAUUGAUUGUAUCGACCUAUAUAAACAACCAGCGUUCGACCAUCCUUUAUUGAAAGAUCAUAAGCUUCAAUUUGCUUUUCUGGAGUUGGGAGGCUUCAGUAAUCCUUUCCACGGAGCAAAAGCAUUCAUUGAUAAUUACAUUCCAAAGUGUGAAAAGGGACAAUUUAGUGGAGCUCAGAUUUGGGUCAUCAGCGACAUCAAAAGGCCAACGAACAUGAUACAAGUCGGAUGGAGGGUGGAUCCAAUUUCAUACAACGACGAUCGUAGUCAUUUCUUUAUCUACUGGAAAGCGGAUGGGUCAGGUUGCUUUGAUUUGCAGUGUCCAGGCUUUGUGCAAGUUGAUCAUUCCGUUACACUUGGAGGAGCUCUCCUCAAUUCUUCUGUUUACGAGGGGCCACAAUUUGAGAUUCAUGUCGCUAUUCAAGAGUACGGAGGAGUGACAUACGCAUCCAAAGAUAUGGCCUUCCCGCCUAUGGGAAGCGGAUACUUUCCGGACAAGUCAUACUCGCACGCGUGCUAUUUCAGACAGAUUCAACACAUGGACGGCUCGCGAGAUUGGAAAGUGCCCGAGUCUUAUCGAGUUUCGACUCACACGAGUUCGGAAGAUUGCUAUGGCGCUGCUGUCAACAAUGCCGAUGAAUUCAUGGGCUAUACCUUGUUGUUUGGGGGACCCGGUGGAGCAAAUUGUGGAGUUUAG